AUGAGUUGUGGGAGCAAGGUAUGGGUUCCCUUAAUUGGUGUUACUGGAUACAUUAGUUAUGCCCCAGCACUAGUAACAAGACAGUUGGGUGGAAUGCAAUAUACACCAAGAACUUUGGGUUUAACAGAUUUCUUUGGUUUAUUCAAACAUGAGCCAUACCUCAAAGAAAUGGAACUCAUUCGACAAGACUGGAAAAGGCCUAUACUAGUGAAAAAGGAAGAAGGUAGCAUGUUUGAAUCAUCUGUCAGCCAGAAUUAUGCAGUUUGGAGAAAUGGAAAGCUUUCUAGGGUCAUUGAGUCUUCAAAACCUGAACAUCCGGAGUCCGCAAUAGAGCAACCAAAAAGAAAAAGGAUUGAUCAUGAGGAAGAACUAAGAAGACAGUUAAAGAGAUGCAGCACAAACCUCGGCAAAAGCAAAAGGCAAACACAAAUCCUGGAACAACAAUUAGAAGAAGAAAAUACAAUGAGGAAUUGUUUGAACCAACAAUUAGAAGAGAAAGAGGAACAAUUAACAUCUUGCAAACAAUGGCAGAGAAGGGCAGAGAUAGCUGAAGCACUAGCUAAACAAAUCCAGGAUGAGUUGAAGGGUCUCAGAAUUGAAAAUGAUAAACUGGUUCAUAAACAUAGCCUCACAGAAAAAGAGUUGGCCAAAAUCAAGAAAUCAGCGCAUGACAAGAUAAAUAUAGAUAAAGAGAUAUUGUUGGAAGAGGAGAGAAGUAUGAGAAAGGCUGCUGAGGCUGAUAUGAGAGAUUACCAACAAAGGGCCGAGUAUUCAAAAGAACAGAUAAUCAUUCUACAAUCCAAGCUGGAGAUGCAAGAAGUGGGGUUGAGAAGUGAUUAUGGUGUGAUAGAAGAAGAGUUACAUGAGCUGAAGCAAGAGUACCAGGAAUGUCAAGACUAUAUUAACAGCUUUGCAGUUCAAAUGAACUCCAAAAACGCCGAGCUAGACAUUGAAAGAGAAGAAUUACAAAGAGCUAAGGCUACAUUAUCACUGUUAGAAACAAUGGUCCGAACAUUGGAAAGAAGCAAUGAAGUCUUGGGAGCCAACAACGAAGUGAGCAUCACAAAUAACACUUUCUUGCAUGACCAAAUAAGACAUAUGGCGAAACAAGUCGAGCAAGUGGCCCGCUAUGCCUAG